AUGGAAAAUGGCCAAAAAACCAAGGAAGAGUCCCAACCGUCGACAUCUGCUCUCCCCGCCGAGCCCAGAAAUGGAACAAUAAAAAUAUAUGAAAACCCGGCGAGAACAUUUACAAGACCAUACUCUGCCAAAAAUAUUACUAUCUACAAGGAAAAUGAUACAUUUUACACGGGUCACCGUGUUCCAGUCUCAAAUCAUCGGUACAAAACGUUGGAUGUUCUCAUGGAUGAUCUCAAUCGUACAAUGUAUUUACCAUAUGGAGUCCGUACCAUCACGACCCCGAUGGGCAGAACCAUCAUCACUAGUUUAGACCAGUUUCAACAUCUCGGAAAAUACGUUGCAUCAUCAUCAAACCCUCCAAAAGGUGUGGAUUUGGAAAAGAUUCAAGAAAAAUAUUCAGCUAGUUUGAGACGAAAUCCGCAAAGAACAACAGCUGGCGGACAAUCGUAUUGGGUGAGUUAUGAAAAUUUUUCAUUUUGA